UUUGACAGUUCCACAAAAAGUUCAGAUUUUUAUUUUUUUCUUUGGGGCCAAAACUGCUUUUCAUAUCAAAUUCAAAUACAAGGAAAUGUAUGUAUGACACUAUGAGAUGCAAAACAUCUCAGACACAGUGUCAUAGUUCAGGUUAAACUUUAAGUUGAGGACACAAAUGCAGAGUGAAGCUUGAAAGAUUUAAUUCAAGAAGCCAACCUUAAAGUGUCAAAAAUCUAUCUAAACAAAAAUGGUGCUCAACUGAAAGUCAGCUGAAACCAAGAGAAGAAACAGCACAAUUUUUCAGGAAACACUGAUGUUUAAGGCAACACAUGGACGGAGCAGAGAGGACACUGAAGACGCUAGAUACAUAAGUUAAAGAUAGAGUAAAUCACACAACAACCAAGAUACAAAAUAAUUGUGGUAGGAACCUACAAAUUAAAAGGGGAACACACACACACAAAAUUGGAGACGUGGGAUGUGAAGAGAAAAAAACAAGAUUUAAUACAAAUGAAACCAGACAGGGAUUGUACCUGAUGCACUGAAUUCAGAUUUAAUAUUAAAUGUUUUAACAAUAAAAACAGUGGUGGUGUCCUUAUAUGCUUAAUCCCUCAAAUGCGUUUGUUUUUUUCCCUUCUGGAUAGUGAAAUACAGAAUACAUUAACCCAAUUGACAGAGAUUUAUUAUGACAUAACAGCUUCUCUUUUCACUUUAACAUCUUUUAAACUAAACUUCUCUUUAAAGCACCUGUGAGGAACUUUGAUCGUAAAAAUAUUUUUAUGUGGAAAAUGUAAAAACAGGAUUUUUUCUUCAGCUGCUCGGCUGAAACUUAACCCCUUGCGCUGGUUUCUGAAAUUAAAAAAUUACCAUAAAACAAUCAUAUCCUUUACCUUCUGUGUAUUAUCUAUUGGCUCUUUUUUGGCUUUUGUUAAGCUGUGUCUUCUUCAACUGUGAACUAUUGAACUAUUAGUCGCCAACUCUAAGCACAGCUUUAAAAUGUACAGCUUUAUUGUUCAUUCAGUUCACAGUUUUAACCUUAAAUAUGCACAGUUUGGAUGUUUUAAGGGGUUUUAAUAUUGUAAUGUAGUUUAAAUGUCUCUUUAGUUUUCCAUCUGUACAGCAGCCCAGCAGGUUUGUCAUAACCCAAUGCUGUCACAUGGUGGCAAUGCAGCAUAAUCAUUAAUGCAUGACCAGUGGGACUGGCUUUGACGACACAUGACAACAUUUCAUGACGUGGCUGUUAUGCCUCUCCUCCACACUGGAUGUCACUAUUGGAUCAGUAGAUUUUUGUAAAAUUGCACUACUGACCUUCACUUCCCCUCCCCCCUCUGUGUCUGACAGGUCUGCACAGGUCUGCACCAUCAUGUGUGCUGAUGCUGAAGCAUGCAUGUGCGAAUGAGUCUGCGUCCCCCUCCUCCCUCUCCUCCUACUCCUCAUCUCCAUCGCCGGCAUCCUGCGCUCUGCAUCCCUCUGCGACUGGAGGAUUCGUCACUGCAGCCAGACCAGCUUCAGCACCACUCCAUCAUCCAUCCCUGCUGCAUCUCCAGAAGCAUCCAUUUCUUACAAGCAUUCCUCCAAGCUGCACACACCCCCUUCUCUCUCUCACUCUCUUUUCCUCCAGCAUCCGAGUGACAAACACGGCAGCCAGGCAGUCACAUCCAGGGUUAGAUUACCCUUCUGCAUCUCCCUUCCUCCAUUCUGCUCGGCUGGUCUUCGCUCUCAUCAUCCUCCCUCCGAAGCUCUGUUCAGGAAAAAGCAGGCAAGCUGUCUCUUCUUCCUGCGAAAGUGUCUCUUUGCUGGACAGCUGGUCUCCCGCUGUCCCUGUGGAAGAUGAUCCUGUGGAUGAAGACGGAGGAGAUGGCCCUGGGAGAGCUGCUGGAGAGGCUGAGGACGGUCACCAGGAGCAUAGGUGGGAGACAACAACACACUCAGUCAGUUGCACAGUCUCUGAUGAUUAUAUGGUUGAUCAUAAAGCACUGAUAAUCAGAAAUAUUAAAAUAGAUGAGAGGCUAAUUUGUACAAGUAAAGAUGAUAUCAGAUCCAAGUCUUGAUUUGGGUUUGGCCAGGGAGACACAAAAGAAGCUGGUUUGUGUAGAAAAUAAACAGAUCAUCACACCAAUAAAAAGACUGAGCUUAUUAUGAUGCUGCUCUUUUGUUUUUGCCUCAAGCUUGGCAGAUGUUUGCGCAGCUAACAGCGUUUUUUGUUGUUGUUGUGAGAGCUAUUUUUGUAGAACAUGCCUGUGGUGAAAAUGGUCACUUGACUCAUUAUUUGUUCCGACUACCUUGUUUGAAAAAGGUCAUUUGUCGUGUUGUGAAAUACAUUAUUUUAUGUUUAGUUGUACUGAAUCUGUUGUGUGUGCCGACUCUGACAGCCGCAGACAUCUUUAUUCCUGUUGAGGUACAGUGUUUGUAUCUCAUUGGCCCAUUUCCUCAGUGCUCCACCCUGAAUGGUUACAGUGUUCAGCUUGUGUUCGAUCACAGACACUGACCUACAUUCGUACCUCCACUGUUAACUAUGGACAGGUAGCUACAGGUACAUGUUGUUGUAUUUCGUGAGGGGCUUCUUACAGCCUCUCAUUUUUUCCUGAGCAACUACAGCUACUGCAGAAGAGUACUUUAAGCUUUCACUUCAUGGUGCAAAAUUGUAACCCUAUCAUGGAAUAAAAAUAUGUUUCUGAGCCUUUUCUGGUUGGCAAAGGAACCUCUCUCCAGACUAAAAGUGAUAUAUAAUGCUCCUAGGCUUUUUCUCCUUUGCUGCUUUGAGUGAUAUUUUCAAUGUUCACCUCUCUUCUCCUUGGGAUCCAUUUGUUGGGAUCUUCAUUGAUCCAAUCAUUGCCAUCUCAGAGCCAAUUUUUCAAGCAUGAAUGGACACACCUUCAAUUUUAUGCUCUUGCAAUAUAUUCUAUUGAAGGUCAGGGAGUCUUGCCUUAUUUGCAAAGCCACGGCUGCUCAUUUUGAGACAUCAUCAAAAUAUGUUCUUGUUUCAGAUCAUUAUCCACCUUAACUGUUGCUAAAAACAACCAAAUGCACAUGGGAAGAAAUACAAUACUUCCUUUUACAUGUUUUUAUUCAGGAAAAUCUCUGUGAAUUUUAAUUUUUGAAUUAUUUAAUAAAUCUGCUAUGAUGGUAAGGCUUCAGCUGAAAUUGUUAAAGCAGUAUAGUGGGCUUUAGUCUAGUUGCAGCUUCCUCUUCUUAGCAGCAAACCUGGUGAAGUAGUGAGUGGGUGGACUACAGUGAGGAGUGGGGCAUAGCAACAACCAAGCCAGGGGAAUAAAACCGAGCAGGUCAGGUGCUUUUUUCAGCUUGAGUUGAAGUGCAGCUCGUGAGAGAAUAUCGAGCUGCAUUACUCUACCUUCUAUAUCAUUGAAACAAAAUAAAACUAGGCCACAUUUUGUCGGCUCUGAGUGUGCGAUGUUGCACUGAAAACUUGCUAACCAAUGGUUGCACUAUGAAGGAAUGUGACAGAAAUGUGCUGCGGCAGGAGGAUGAGAGCAGUAAAUCGGCUCAGAAGAGAGACUCUAACGCUGAUCACAGAAGACAGCAAAGACGAGGAGAGAGUGAGGAGGAGAGACUCAAGGAAACAAAGUCAACUGAGGAUGAAAAAGGAUUUAGCAUUGUCUAAUCUUGCAAACUGCUCACUUCUCCUGAGCUGAGCGGGAGGUGUUGUGCUGGUGAAAAAUGCUACCUCACAGAGAACCCCUGCUGGUUUUAAUCUAACAGGGAACAGCCACACCUUAUGUUUCCAUUUGCUCCUUGUCUCUUGCUGUCAGUGCCAUUGAGAAUUAAAAUGUAAUACCCUUCAGAUGAAAUCAGGAACAUCUUUUUACCCCACACAGAGUCAGUGGCAGAGAUUUAAUCCAACCAUCUAUCUCUGAAGUUAUUUGGUCACUUAUGUGUGGGUGGAUCUUAUCUGUGUUCACUCGAUAUGGUUUUUCUCUCUUGUUGGCUAUUAACUUUGGUUUUGGGGCUGCUGAUAGAAAAGCAAGUACAUAGAAACAAAAUUUCAAUGCAUGAUAACUAUUUAGUAGUUUCUUUUCUUCUUUUUAUCAGGUUGAGGUUAUUUUCAAGACAUAACAUCGUAAACACCUGGGCAAUCCAAUGCAACCCAUCACAACAGCUAAACCGUACAUUUUACUGGAAAGGUGUUUUCUCUAUAUCUGCUCUCCUCGUGCUUGUUAAUGAAAUGGAUGAAAUAUAAAGACUGCCUUUCAGGAUAACACACUUCCAGCCUGUAAUAAUCACUAACAUGUAGAAGCGUCUUUAAAGUAGCAGUGUAAGAGCCGUUGUAUCAGAUUACGUUAUGCAGCUCAGGUGAAUAGUGGGGUAAGAUGCAAAUAACUGCUAAAAGGCUGUUUUGUAAAAAGGCCUUCACCUAUGUGCUUCUAACCUUCACAGACUCCAUGAAUUGAUGCCCAUCUCUUAAAUAUUUGGUCACAUGAUCAAUUUCUUUUACCAUUUACAAACAACAAGGGGUGGCUCAACUUACCCCACUCUCCCCUAUCUACAUUGGACACAGUGCCCUUCUUUCUAAGGAGCACUAAUUAACAUGACGCAUGUAGUCAUCAAUGUAAUCGAAUGGUAAGGUUGGCGGAGUGAUACUGUAAUGAGGCAGUGACGUGGGCUCAGCGGCUGUAGUCGGCGUUGAGUUAUUGAACCGCUGGGUCAAACAUUAAAGGUGUAGACCUAAACCAGCUGCUCAGCCCGAGAGGCGAAAGUGCUGUACCUUCACUCACAGCAAAGGUAUGUCCAUUCAAGCAACUUUAUUUACAAAUCAAUUCAUAGAAAGCCCCGAGUCUGUCAGUUGACCAACCUCACAAAUCGCGACGUUACACUAGCAUGUCUACUGACGUGUUUGCAAAGUAGUUCCCGUUUUUGUAUCUGAGUAGCUUUUUGAGUACUAGAACUUUUUUGUGGAUUUGCUGUAGUUAUAUUUGGGUAUUUUUGCGGCAAGUUUCUUGAGUUCUACACAGCAUUAGUAACUUUGUUUUAAAAAUUCGUGAAAAGCAAAAAGAUAGUAAGCUUCCGCAAAAAGAUAAGCUUCCCGUCGACCGUAUGACUGCCAGCUGAUUGGCUGAGUCUACCACCUCAUAGUCAAGCGAACUAGUCAAUCCAAUGAAUCAUUCGUGGUGCAUUACCUUUAUUUAAGAAAAGACACCUCUCUCUGUCACUUGUUAGCAAGACAGUGAGCUACCACCUGAUUUAAAUAAGUAAGGGCUACUGUAACCAGGACUAUUUACAGUGAACUCUGUAUGUAGUAGGCCAUGACUUUAUGAAUAGAGAUCAUUAGUAAGCUGACCAAUCUGACAUUUUUGAUAUUUGUCUCAAAACUUCUAACCCCAACAUCAUUAUGAUGCCAUAAACUUGAUCAUCAAAAAGUUUAAGGAUAAGGAUACAUACAUAUAAAGGAUGCAACUAUGAAUGUGUCUAUUCAGUUUUGUAGUUUACAGAGGCCCUGGAUAGAUGUGCAUGUGUGCAGUUUAUUAACACUAUCUUCCCACAAUAGCCCACACUGAAUAAUGGCUGUUUUCUCAAGAUUUCAUCUUAUUUAUCUUGUUAUCUCAAGAUAACAAUGUUGAUUUUUCUGUGAUAACAAAUUCACCACCAUGACAUUAGUUUAAGGUCAGUCUUAUUCCCAGUGUUGCAUAAACACAAAACAUAAAAAUACACAUAUCUUACUUUAUUAGUGUGGCAUUAUGGCAUAUUGUAGUCUGGCUUAUCAUAGUGACCAGCUUAAAUGUUUCCUAGAUCACUGAUGGCUAUCUCAUUAUAAUGCCAGAAGAGGCUUUUGUGUCUUAAGAUAACGUGUUAAACAAAUGUGUUAUAAUUGGAAAAACAGAUAUUUUAAGUGAAGAUAAUGAGUAAGACAAGCUGAGAUCUUGAUAAAAUGACUGUAAUUAGCCCAUAAUCAUGGAAAAACUAUAGAUAUCUCAAGAUAAGAUAAAUCAGCUUAGGGCUUCCAUAGAUUUCCCACUUGAUAAGUAUAAAUAAAUCUUUGUCUCAGUGGUUCUACUGCAGAUAAAUUCAGGGAAAUAGCAAAUACCAGCAAUCUUCUUGACAAAAGUUGAUGAUUGACAAAUUUGACAUUAAAGAAGUUAAGGCAGAGAUAUUCUAGUGGUCCAAUAUAACCAUCCAAACACUUCUCGUUUGUGGCAGAAAAUCACACAAUUUAAUUCAAGCUCUGAUUUCCAGUGGAAAAAAAACACCUCUUAGUUGCAGCCAGUAUCACAGACAGCCUCUCCAGACUCUAAGUGGGCAUUUGACCUACAUCCAGUUGAUUUGAAGGGACACAUCCAGUUCAGAGUCACAGGUCUCAGCUUUUCCAGCAGGGAUGUGCUCAUCUGUCGCCCAUAACGCUUCUGGGGCUGUUUAUCUGGCAGUAUAGUGAUGACAUAUUGCAUGUGUUGUUGAGGUUUGUCUGUGGAAAGUAUGGCUGUCUCUUUUAAACACCUCUCUGUGUGAAUAUGAAUGUGUUAGACUGUCAUGUCUUGUGAUGUUUUUGUUGCUGAUCCAGGAAUAAAAAGGGUUUAUGAGAGAAAUUGAGCUGAAAGCUGCGAGUUAAAUGAUUGGAGAGGAAGUGUUUGGUCAUUUAGCUUGACCAUCAUGCUUUGAUGUUUUGCUCUUUCAGCUUCAAACUUUUCAUUUCAUAUAGCUGAGUGGUUAAAAAAUGACCAAAAUUUGGGUCAUAGAGCAGGUGGUGGAUCCUGAAGCUAGACUAGAUAGGAGCCGCUGCUUUGUGGUUUCAGCAUAUCUAACAUUAAACAGUCCCUGUAGCGAGUUGUGAUGCAGGGUUAUGAUAGAAUAGGGGUCACAGGAGGUGGGUGAUGCCUCAAAUGAGGGAUCAGACCUGAUUAACCAAGGAGCAGAAGAGGAGAGGGGGGAGAGACGGAGAAAUGCAGGGUUUACGGGUAGAUUUGUGUUUUUGUGUGUUUCCUGUUUUCCUGCAGUCGCCUCAUCAGUAUGUGUGAGUGCAGCUCCUCUCUCAUCUUUAUUCUGAGCCUAUAAACUGAAAGCUGCUUUUGGCUUGCCAGAUUUAACUACACAAAUAAAACCAAACACACACAUUUACACAUACACACAUAGACUUAAAAGCCUGCCAUCAACACUUUUCUUCCCGUCAAAGAGCGCAGUUUUUGUUUGCUCUGCUUCCUCGGUUACUGACCACAGAUCAGAUGAGCCUAAACGCAUCCUGGUGUCCACCCUGAAGUUGAGAGAGGCUGUUUUUUUUUAAAGUUUUUUACUUUGAUUUGUUUGUAUCCUUUCUUAUUUCAUCCAAUGAUUAAUGCAUGAGGGAACCUUAGGAGAUAGAGAGAAGGGAAAGAAAAGGCAGAUUAGUUCAGGAGUGGAGGAAUAUAAUUAGCCCAAGCAGCAGAAGGGGAUUUGUGCUUCACCGGCUGCCCUCUACUUCUCCCCCCCUUCACCCUUCCCCUCUCUCACCCUUCCCUGAGCUGUCAAUAGUUGCACUUGGGAUAAGGUUUACACAUGCAAUGUGAGUGUGACUGCCUCUAUGCACAUCGGACCUGGACCUAAUCUCACCUCCAGUGUGAACAUUUUUUUUGUCACAGAGGUUGUGCAGACAGUGACUCAGCUUUUUUUGCCGGCUUUGCACCAGAGCUGCUUCCUCGAGUUCCCAAUGUGGCUCUGCAGAGGAGAGGACACCAGGCUUGACAUUUUUGUAGCCGGGGCAGACUUCUCCAUGAGGAAGGAUUGAUUCUGAGUUGACCUGGAACAUUUCAACAAAGACGCUCCCUCCCAUGCCUGCAUUCGGAUCCUGCGAUUUGGAGUCUAUUAGAGUGUGCAGUGGAGCUUUGCAGGUGCAGUGAGGGGGGGUCUCUCUGGAUGACAGAGUUUGUUUGAGAGUGCGAGACCAGCAUCCAGCUCUCAUGUCUCUUCAUGAGUUUCUGCGGGAGGGUGGGGAGGCAUCGUACCGGAUGAUGAACCGGUUAAGUCAUCUGAUGCAAAACCUGGACAUUGGUGGACUGGGUUCUACUUUUUCCUUUAGCCCGGCAAGCCGCAAGAGCUCCUGGAGAGACUGGGAUGGUAAGAGUAAGGAAAGAAGGAAGAUGGUGUACAUGUGUGCAAGUUUGUGCGGUUUGUAGAACUACAUACCUCUGAGAGAGAGAGAGACAGAGAGAGAGAGAGAGAGUGAGUGAGAGAGUGGUGUCAUAAAUUCCCAAUUGAAGUUUUGGCCAGAGGUCUUCAGGGCAUCAUGCCCAGAUCCUCACACACUGUUUCCUCUUAGCUUCCAUUGCUCCCCACUGAGCUAUAUCUGUGUCUUCAUGUGUAUAACGGUUUGUGUGUGUGUGUGUGUGAGUACGUGUGUGUCUGUUUGUGUGUGAGUGCGUGCCUAUGCAGCUAAAACAGACGCUUCGGUUUUCCAACAUACAGACAUCUGCAGCUGCACUGAUUUUUUUCCGUAGCAGUAAGAGAUUUUUUCAGCUCAUGCAGAAACUGCAGCACACAGCAUCUCACUGGCAGAGCAGCUGGUUUGAGGGAGAGAGAAGAGCUGAUUAAAGCUGCUGAGUUUUCAAGUUUGUGAGAGGUUGUUGACACUUUGAGACCUUGGUUCCUGACUUUGCACUCAAAAGGACUUUCCCAGGUGUUACUGACACACAGAGAGGAGAGGAUGGUGAGGAAAGCAAGGAGAAGAAGUGCUUCUCAGUGGGAUAGUGGAAUGCCAAUGGUUCAACUUAAGUCACGUGAGUCAGUAGAUUUGGUACUUUUGCGUGUCUUUGUAAGGGUAGGCUGCUUGUAUACCAUAAUUAUGUGACUUGUAUACUGAUGUGUUUGUGUGAGCAACGGUUCGACUUCAACCUCAUCUGUUCUUUAGAUUACCGCAUACGUGCUUCCAGCAUGACUUUGCCUUUGUACCAAGCUUAUCCCCUGAUAGUAAUGUUUGCACUGCCCCUGCAUCAAUGUCACUGCAUAUGCUUAACUAUUGCUGUGCCUAGCAGUUUUGGUCUGUGCAUGCUUAUAUCUGCAGUACACUGCAUGAUGGCAUACAUGGACUGCAGGGGAGAACACAUGCUGGUCUUGUCAGUACCUCUGGCUGUGAGGUUUCAUGGAAAGUAUUCUCUGCUGCUCUGUUGAAGUCAUUACCCAGACAGCAAAUUCAGACAGUAGACACUAUGUUGAUGUAAGAGUUGUUUUGUUUUACUGACUGGUGUUAGCAAGCUCUGAAUUUAUAUGGAAGUCAGGGAGAAAUAGGUGUAGUCCUUGUUUUGUCCUUGUUUUCAUUCUCAGGUUUAUCCCACAAAUAGAUUGUUUUUCUAGUUUUUCACCAGCAACUUAUUCUUAAAAUGCUGACAGAGUUUGAACUUGAGAUUUUCUGGUUGUAAUGAAAAUUUGAUUAUAUUAAGAAUUUUUUGUUCUGCAGAUUAAAAACUAACAACUUAUGAUUUAUUUUCAAAAACUGCCUCAAAAAAGACAAGGACUUGAUGACUGAUUUUAGCAUGUGUAAUAGUGUUUGUAGUAGAAAACAGUUGAAGGAUCAAGUUGACCCCUUUGUUGCCCAGAUGUCAAGCCUACAGCAAACUCAUGAAUGUAAAGUUGAUGCAGCAAAACCGUUUUGUUGCAAAUAUUCUUUCAAGCACUCUGCCUAACAUGGUGCCAGAGAUAUCUGAGUGUAUCACAGCACGCUGAAGGAACAUGACUCUUUGGGCAUUUUUGGGGGCACAAAUAGUCCAAAUAAGUGAUAGAUUUGGCUGUUAAAAGAAAGCAGGAAGAGUUCUUUUUUGUCAGAAAUCACCACCGACCAUGUCUAGAGUAGAUUAGCAGUGUAUCAGUUUGUCCACAGGGGGCACUAAAACCAACACAAACAGGAAGUUUUGUCCAGAACCACAAAAUCUCAUAUUUUAUCCCAAAAAAAGAGAGAGCGUGUGCAGAACAGUUAUUGAUCACACCUUGUAUAUAGUGACUUGUUCAGGUUAUGUUUUGUCAAACUGAGACUGAAGUUCAUAAUAAAAGUAAAUAUAUUACUCGAGCUGCUCUCAGUACAAGUACUUGCUCACCAACUUUUUGUUUAAACAUGAUAAAUCUGUGUCUUCAAACUGCUGACCGUGAGUUGAUUGGUAGUCUGCCCUUUUGUUUGACCCUCUUGCUCACUUUGAACUCUGCACCUUUUAAACCUAAUGACUCCCGUGUUUAUCUCUCAAGGUUUAUGACACUGAUAACCCUUGUGUGUGCCCUUGGUCAUAGAGCAAACAUGUCAUACUCCAAACCUCAGUUGGACACACAUGGAUGUACACACAUAUGUGCAAGUAUACAUUUACACAAUCUGCUGACCAAACAUUUGAGCACUCUAAAUUUUAAUUUAGUCAAUGGCUAAUUAAGGAGACAGAUUAGUAAAUGUACCUUUUGUAGGACUCAUUGAAAUGGAAUCUAAAUAUCCAUUCAGUUUAGAAACAGUGUCUUUCUGUGAGAGCUCUCAUGAGGAAAACUCUUUCAGUCACUUUGCAAGAAAGCGUCCUUUUAAAUGGUGUAAACAAGAAUGGGGCUUUCAAUGGAUACAGUCUGUGAGCGGUUAAAUGGAGAUACAGGCCAUGUUUGAAUGGGCUGGUCAGAAUGGAGGCUUUGUACUUUUAGACCGCAUGUCAUAAGAUAAGGGAGGGAACGAGCGAGAGAUGUGUUAUCCUAUGCAAAUGAAGGCUGGAAGCGAAACUACUGUAACACAACAUAUGACAUAACUUAGCAUGUUCCUGACUGGUUUAACAAAGUCAAAAUUGGAUCUGUGUUGGAGGUCAUGCAUACAAUCGCACAGUUAGAGGAAUUGCUAUUCAAGUAGGAGGGGUAAUACACAGGUAAUUGUCCUUUCAGGGGAGGGGUAAGGGUACCUCAGAGAGCUGAAAGGGUGCUACACUGUAGCUUUUGUCUACAGGGAAGGUAACCUGAGGUUGCAGUAGGAAGUCCCCACAGUUACUGAGUGACGUCCUGCAGGCUGUGGAGCACCUGCAGCCCGACAGAGACCCAGAGGCUGUGCAGAGUCCGGCACAAGGUGGAGUCAGAAUGAGAGGAAGAUUUUUACAGUGAAAACCAGUGAAGAGGACAGAGACUGGUAAAGAAGGAUGGGAGGAAAAGAGAUAGAAGAUUCAGGCUUCCCAUUGGAGGAGGAUACAGAGUUAGACUCUGUGGGCUCAAUAGAGAGGAUUGUUGGCUCUGAUAGAGAAGACUUGGACUGUUUUGUGAUUAGAGAACAUGUGGAUUUUGAGUUGAACGAGCAAAGUGAUGGAAGAGUAAGUCCUGGAGGGAGUCAAACUGAAGAAGAAGGUGAGACUGAUUCAGGUUCACUGGAAGACAAGGACACUGAAGCAGGACAAGGUGGACAGGUGGAUGAUGGGAAAGCUGAAGAAAUCAAAGCUGUAAAAACAGAGGCAGCUGUGACUGUGUGUUUAUGGCCGGUGGAGGAGAGUGGGGGUCAUGUACGGAUCUCUCUGGAAGAGGUGGAGAGAUACUACAGGUUUUCUCGCUGCUGCCACUGGCUGUGUGGUACGUAGAUGAUUUUAUCUUUGAUUCUCGUGUAAUUUAAGAGGUAAUUCUUUUAGUUAGCAUCUUUACUUGAGGGAAGUUAACUCUUAUGUUCUAGGUUAUGUUAUCACCUUUGUUUGAGUCCACCUGCUUUUCUACCUUUGCCCUUAACUUGUGGUGAAAUCUGGACAACAAUAUCUAUUUGCCAGCUGUGCUGUUACUCUCGAGGUAUUGAGUCUGAUUGGUAAAACUUCUCAUAGUAAAGAAAAGAAAAUCGCACAAAUCACACAAUUUAAAUUUUAUAUAUAUAUUUUUUUGGCAUCAAGUAAAAGCUGCUGUAUUAUUAGACAGAACUUUGAUUAAAUGUAUUCAUAUUCCUGGGCUGUGGAAAAAACGGAGACUCCAGUUUGUGUCCCAGUUCUCCUACAUAGUACUGAAAACUGGCAGUACCCCUACAUUUGAGAUGAAGGUGUCCUGCUCCUUUUGAAAGCAUUCAUCAGACACUCUCAGAAUGACUCGACAAAAUGAAUAUUUUCAGAUGCAGUCUCCAAACUCAGUGGUUAAAAACAGCCCCAGAAUGCUUUGCCAUCUGAGGCAGUGCAGCAGGGAACAUGGCCACAGGUGCAGGGAGAGAAAACCAUACCUACACAAACAAGCAUGCAUGCAGAAACGAGGUCCAGUGGAAAAUCUUGAUUUCAUGUUAUUUGCAAUGAUGCAUGCAGUCAUUUUGACAUGACUUAGAGAUGACUUUGUAAGUGACUGUGCAUGCAGCUGUUCUUGUUUUAUCACAAUGCUUGAAAAAUUCAACCUCCCUUUUACUAGCAAAGAUUUUUACCAUUCGAGGGCUAAAACUAGAUUCAGGGAUGGGCCCAGACACUGUGUUUGAUCUAAUAUGUGUACAAUUUUACUGAUGUGAUUUAAAAUGGACUAUUUUCCAAUUUUAGUCUCCUUUAUGCAUUUUAAUCCCAAACUGUAUCUUUAGUUUGUGAUCCAACCUGGAUAUUAACCAAGUAUUUCCCUGUUACCUUAAAAAUCGCCCUUUCUAACCCUCAUUUGAACCCUGUCACCCCUCAUAAUAAUACAUGGACUCAUCUGUUAAUGCUCAACCUCAUUAGUGCUCAGUUUUGUCUUUGGUACUCCUCCUCCACGGCCAUGACUAUAAGCCCCUUAUUCCCACUUGUUGCCCUCCCCCAUAUCUCUGCUUGUGGGUCUCAAUAGCUUCUCUUUCUAUCCUUUUUAUUCCCCAAACUUUGACCCUAACUUUAGUCGAAGUAUUUCAAUUUUUCAGAAUUACUGUAAUAUUUCAAGGGAGAAGAAAGAAACUUUGAGGAAAGUAGUUACUAUAAAAACAUGAAUAAAUAAACCGGCACAUCUGCACCUGAUUUGUGCUCCUCUCUUUCUACCCUUUUGGUGACUCUUUUAAGUCUCCUACUCUGGUUCACUGUAAUCUGUGUCAGUAGUGGCAGGCGGGCGGUCCAGGUGUGUGACUGACCCACUAAUGUUUGACUCGUCACCCACAAACGUGAGCGUGAGUGGACACUAAUCCCCAUCGUUAAGCCUUUCAAAGAACAUUAGCUCCUCGCUCAGUACACACCAGCUGUAGUACAUGUGUGUGUUUACGUAUGUGGAGGGAAUGAUGGAAUAAUGUGUUUGUUCAGGGUGUGUAAUUUCUUGUUGGAAAAGUGUUUGAAUUGUCAGUUUGACAGGCAGGAUCACUUUUUAAACUACGAGGUCAAAACCACAUGUACCUUGUUAACUUCUACUAACUAACUAUAUACUUAGUUAUAUAUUGUUUAAACAAAAAGGUAAACAACUUUUUUACUUUUGAGAGGAAAGACUUGUGAUAAUUUACAGUCUUUUGUUGACCAGUGAUUCUCAACUGGUGGGUCCCGACUGUAUAUAGAAUGGACGCCGUCUGCCUCCUCGCUGGGUGAAGCCACUCCGAGAACAGCACCCUCUGUUGACGGGCUGCAGUAUAGGUCAUAAAUCCCGCCUCCACCAGCAAAGCUUAUGGAACUCUGGACAAACUUUAGAAAUUUAUUACACAGAACAUACAUUUUUCUCCCCCCUGCUUGUGAUGUUGACAUGUAGUUACAGUAGGACUGGUUUGUGCUCAAGUCCUCUUUUUUCUGUGAAGCCCCCAUAUUAAAAGUUAUUAGGGGGUUCAUGCUUUCUUUGAUUGACACUUGAUACAGUGUCAACGCUACUGCGCAAUGUUGGUUUCAGGAAAUCGCAGAAAUACCAAGAGCUUUUUGGCUUCAAAUCUGUAUACAGGUGGGAGGAAGAACCAAGUUGUCCAUAGUAUAUACAGUCUAUGGUCCCGACCUACAAGUGGGUCACGGACACGUUCUGGAUGGGUCACGAACAGCUGGUCAAAACAGUUAUUAUUUAUUAGAUAUUUGAUGUUUUCUGUAUAAGCAACUUAAGUAGUUGUCAUCCUUAUGUUGUCCCCUUCAUGUGCUCAGAAAUGCACUUUACUCAAUAAAACAAGAAGAUUUAUGUUAAAGAUUAGAGUCUUUAAAGAUUUUUUUUUAUAUAAAAAAUAAACUUGCUUGGUUUGAAUUCUAUAAAAGAGGGUCAUGACUUAAGGACCAUGGGAAAAUGAGGGUCCCAGAGUAAGACCAGUUGAGAACCACAUCUACGUUAAUGUUUUUUAUCCGUCCUUGCUAUUGUUUGGGUUCCUUGGGACUCGAUCGAUACUUUCUGAAGUAUGAAAUUACAAAGACAAAAAAAAACCACAAAUAGUUCCACUGUCUGUCUCUUCUCUUUAGGAAGAAAUACAGUACUCAGUGAAACUGGCUCAUCCUCUCUUAAUGGCCACAGGGGAUGUGAGCUGUCCUACAGCAGCACUUUAUGGACCCACAGUGGAUGUUUGGGAGGAAAUCAUACAGGUGGCACAGGGCCAAACACAAAGGACAGUAGGGGAAAUGUAAAAAAAAUAACAAUGAGCCUAAAAGGAACUGAAACUCAAAUCUGCUGUCUUCCAUGAGGGGAUUUUUCAGUAACAGAAUAGCUUCUUACUGGUAACAAGUGGCCGACCUGGAUGGGUGGGGGGCUGUUUUUUUGAUCUGAUAUGUGUGGGAGUUGCUGGGGGCAAGGUGUGGCAGGGUCACAAAGAGGAAACUGGUGCAGGUUUCUGUGUGAACUUGAUUCUUUGUUGAGUGAGAGAGCAUGUGAGCGCUGCGCAGAUGACCAGACAGCUGCAGCUCUGCGUCCUCAGGCUGUGAGCGUCCAACUGUGCUUUUACCAAACAUCACUGAUAAGGUGAUUUACUCGCUCUCAUUUCAACCAACCAGAUCUUUGCGAUGACGUGCACACCCUUGCCCGAGGUUACACUAAAAGAACAAAAAGACAAAGAGAAAAGGAAGCUGUGUCUCAGAUAACAUCCACAGGAAUCAAUUAGUGUUCCUAAUCAAUAUCUGUCAACUACAGAUGACUCUGUUGCUAGUAUUCAGUCAAUAGAGCUGAAAAUCCACGAGGUUGGAUCAGUCUUUAUUCUAGGCUUUUAUUUUGGAUUUAUUCAACUAAAAAAACACAGUUUAUACAUGUUUGUGUUUGCUAUUGUUUGUCUGCAUGCUCCAUAUGUUCUCAGAGGAGUCCCGCAUUCAUCCAAGAUUAAAAAGCACCUGUUUCACCAAACAGACGCUGACCAGAAGCGUUUGUGAUGUCAUAAAACGCCGGUUAAGAUGCCGUGAUGUGACUGAGCUGCUUUCUGUCAGGGAUCGUCUGUUCUCAUCAGCUUUGUAUAAAUCUACAUUCAAAGGCCCAGGAAAUCCCUCUACCCAGUUGGCAUCUUAAUCCAGAGACAGAACACGGGAAAGUCUGAUCAGGUCAUUUUACCUGGACUUGUGAUGUUUGUUGGUUUGGUUAAUGUUAGAUACUUUAGUGAUCUAAUCAGAACAGAAACAUCACAGAUCACAAACUGUGAAAACGGUUUAGGGGUUGCUUCAUUAUGUCAAGGUAGUUAAAGCUAAAUCAGCUAUAGAGAUAUUUUUGUUAGAUUCUUUUGAGGGUUUUUUACCCCUGUAUUUUUCUCAGGACAGAACAGUGGAUAGAGGAUAAAAUGAGGGGUGAGUGGGGAGUAAUAUGCCGCAGAGGGGCCACAGAUUGGAUUCAAACCCAGGUCAUCCACAUGGGGAGAUAACAACUUCACAUAUGGAGCGCUUGCUUAGACCAGGGACCGCCCUUAGAUUACAUUAUAAACAUCUCAAACACAAACAUGACUGUCUUGUUAUUCUGGUACCAACCAGCGAGAGUGAUGAUGUCUCAUUAUGUAGUUAACUAAACAUUCCCUCUUACUUAUCAAUAUUCUACCAUUCUGCUUUUGACAACAAUUUUAUGGCCUCUGUUGGCAGACUGCAGACUUCCAGCAGAUUGUUCAGUACGUCCUGUUUAUCCCAUAUAAUGUUCUCCAUUCUCACAUUUUUUUUGCUGUUUUAUUUCAUGUCAUGGAUGUUCUUCGUGGUAAAAAUUUGGCCUAUGCACCGAUCAUUGUGAGCCAAAUUUAUCCCAUGUUGUUUUAUUCCAGUUAACUCACUGCUAAAGUCAGCACAAAACAUUAAGCUAGGAGAGGAAACAAAACUUAUCUCAUAGCUGACUCUGUUUUGAAAAUACAGGUCAGGCACCAGCUGAUCUGGGAGUAAAAAGUACAAAGGAGGAAGGAAACUGAGAAGAUACACUCAAGUGAAUCUUGUCCUCUAACAGUUUGUGUCAGAGAGCGCGAGCAAGCAAGCGAGCAAUGGAGGUCUGUGUACUGAUAUCCUCAGGCAAAGUCACCUGAUAAGCCUCAUUGACAAACAAAGAGUUACAGCAGGACUCAGUGGUUUGUUUAAACUGGAGUCAGAGGAGGAGGAGGAGGAGGAGGAGGGGUGAGCCCGUAAAAGGAUCAACAGCCAGGAUAGAGAAGAGGACACAUCUAUGACAAUGUGGGAUAUUUCCCAAUACUCCAGGAUGGACUGAGCCCCGGUGAUGUCGCUACUUUGCAAGAUGUCAGAAGGCAGGUAUGGAGGCAGGUUUAUACAGGGAGAACGCGGCUGGUGUCUUUGGCUUUUCCAAACAUAUCUCGUGUUUUGGGCUGUCCCUCGUGUCUUGUAAGAUCCUUAUCUGGUUUCGAAAAGUUUUAAAACAGGAAACUACUAACUUCAUUUUCAAGAAUACUCCUUUCUAAUGAAGGAGGAAGUGCAGAAGUCUAUACAGUGUUUGUAUCUUCUCAUAAAUGUGGGUAAUGCAGGAUGUGAAGAAUCAGUUUGUUGCUUUGAAAUCAACCAGCUGCAAACUUCUUUGCAUUUUUGGUUGAAGAGGCUGAGACUUGUAUGAUGUUCACCUUCAUCUAUAUUUCAGUGAAUUGAAGAUGUGAACAAGCUUUAAUAACAAAAGUGAAAGCUACUGUCAGGAAUUUUAAGCCAAUUAUGAAACUGAGUGAAAUUAAUACUGAUGCCUCUUUAUGACCUACUUAAGCAAAGCAGACGAUGCCAAGCCACAGUUUCCGGGUCUAGAGCCGCGAGUACAAAUUCUUGAUAUUGUUUUUGUUUUCAUGGGAAGGUAACACUGAAUAAAGGCAAUCAUGAAAUAGGCUAUAGAGCAAUUUGAAAUCGAUUUAAUAGUUCAUACUGGGGGCAGCAGAAAUAGCAUCGGACAACUUUUGUAACCUAGCAACAGUAUGUGCCAGUGAGAAACGCUCCGAGGUUAAGGCCAUGGGUACUGCCAGCUUAAAAAACCUGCAUAAAAGCCGUGUAUGUCAACAUGAGUACGACUAAAUCCUCUUUGCCUGUAGGGCCUGCUUUAGACUGGAUGUGCAGCAGCUGUGUGACGGCUGUGGAGCAGUUUGAUUUUUAUUUCAGCGUGCAUUUUAAUCGAUCAGACGGUUCAGACGGCCAGUGUGAGCGCUGCGUCUCAGACUCUGAAAAUCUAGAGUAGAAGGCUCACCUUUUCUUUUUUUUGUCAGGAUCUCAACAGAAAAAUAAAAAAAUUAUAAAGCAAGGGCUGUAUUUGCUUUGUUCUCAGCUAUUUUGAAUUACAGGCAUAAGAUAUAUGGUGUAUUUGCACUGGUAGAAUGCUUUUCAAAGCAAAAGCCCAGUCUGUUGUUUUUCUGUCGAGUCUUUCCUCAUUUUUACACAAAGCUUAUAUUACUAAAGUUGUCUCCAGGAUGGUUAUAUAAUAAAAUGGUCACUUGCAUGACUCUUUAUUUGAGCCUCUGCUGAUCUUCUGUAUAAACUUUAAUUUGUAAGUUAUGUUUAUAAAUAAUUAACAGCAAAUUACAGGAAAUGAUUCCUCUUUUGUGAUCUCCUUUUCGUGCCUCCUCCUGUCUGUCCCUCUCUCUGCUCAGCUGGUGUCUGUGUGUAAAUCAAGCACUUAUUUUUCAUGUAAACAAGAUUAUUAUUAUUUACUUCAACCCUUGACAUGGAUACAACAUGUAAAAGCAUCCCAUGAUAAUGAAUAUAUAAGUGUGUACAAACCAGUCAUAUCUUAUAACUCAUGGAGGUUCAAGUGCAUGUUUUUACUAAUCAAAUAUGUCGCAAGAGGACUGUUACAUAAUAAACGUCUUCAUCCGCUUCAUCUCUAUUACCGUGUAUUAGUCUGUGCACACAACUACAUAAAUAAAGUACCUGUUUAUAAUGUAGAUUAGAUGGUCUUCCAAAAGUUUAGACCAGAAACUACUAAAGCUGCUCUAAGGAGACAGCUUUUAAAGUCGUAAAAAAGAUUCAAGAGGAAGGAGAAAUCUUUGUGCUUCAGAUAAGUUUUUAUCCAGAGUCAGAAUUUUUCCAGGACUAGAAGCUGACAUUAAAGUACGAUGCUUUAUGACCCCAUAAGACUCUGAACUACUGUACACAUUUCCCAGGGUUACAAGGAGUCUGAUGAUUUGCUUUAGGACAACAGAACAAACAAUGCCAAGGCUCAAAUGAAAAGUCAAUAUUGCUCUUUACAGUUAGUGACUUUCCAGUCAGCGUAGAAACAGUGUUUACAGGAUACUUUCUGUGACAGCGAGACUCUCCUUUUCCCAGAAUCUCCUGACUUCCCUUCAGCCUAUUUUGAGUUCAGUUUCAUUAUUUAGUUUUAUGGAGAGGCUCUCAUGUAUUUUUAAAUCCUAAAAAGAGUACUGCAGGAUAACUACAGCUCUGUAGCCUCUGGGAUCUUUACAAGCUGAGAGAACAAAUAAGAAGCUGAACUGGUCACAGCUACAUGUUCAUCUUUUGGCUAUAAAGACAUUAAUUCUUACAAAGCUCUUUUUAAUAUGUAUGCCUCGGUGAAUAUCCUCUUUGCAAAUUUUACCAAUUACAGCAACAUAGUUUUUCCUGUUCUGAUAUUAAGCACCGCUGCUGAUUUCCCCUGAUAGGAGGCGACUCUAAACUAGUCAUGUUUUCACAACAGAGCCAAAGACUGAGACUAAAAACUUAUUUUCCCUAAACAUAAUUCAACCGCAGUUUCGCUAAUUACACAUAUUUCCCUGGGGAUUUUAUCAUGUUGUUUACUAAAAGUGAAAACAGACAACUUCUUGAUUCAGUGAAGCAAGACGCUGAUUAAACAGAACAAAACCUCAAAGAUGUUAUUUUCCUCUGGAAUAUAGAAGACAGUGGGUGAUAUACUGCGCAUGUUUGUAAGAGAAUUAAAAUGAACAGAAACUUUAUCAUCCUGUAGUAAACAAGUGCGUGUCAUUUGGCCUGUAUUGAUCUGUUUUACCUUUUGAGGACGCUCUCAUUUUUCAUGUUGAGCUGUGGCCUGUUUACGACCAAAGAGAGCGCUGAAGAGUUUCUUUACUGCAGAUCAAUACAUGAGCGGUACAUACUGCAGUAUUCAUAGUUUGUGCAUCUUCACUCUUAAUUCUUAAUUAAAUGUGCUUUAUUGGACACUAACUUAGAUUACAUGCCUCUAUUUUUGCAAACAUGAUGUACUGUCUCAUUUUAUUUGUACAGGUCUUAACAUGUAUUAGUCUUACACCAUGUCAUAUGACCAAAACAUCACUGGCCAGACUACUUACUGUUGUCCCCCAGUGAGUGUCUGCUAUGAAACUCUAUUUUGAGCCCUGCUAUAACUCAAAUCUCUGUCCCCGACUGGGGUAAUUGACCCUAAAUCUGAUUAUUCUAAUCCAUAUGAGGCGAGUCCAUCGAGGAUAGAGAACUGGUUAAGCUGGGAGCCUGUUAAUUUGUCAAUACUGCACUGUUAUCAACAACAGGACAGUUCCUUGUCUGUACAAGUACUGUUGCUGCCUCAUAUGUGAUAUUUGGGAAUGACUGUUUUAAUUAUUACAGCUACUCUUUGUAUAGCUUAUAUUAGUUGGUUAAAUGUGAGAGGUAUCGAAUUAAAGCAAUGUUAAAACCAUAGCUGAAGUCCUGAAAGCAAACUCUAGGCUCCUUUCAUAUUUGAAUAUAAGGCUGUAUCAUCACUGAUUUUUUGUAUUUCCUUCUCCUCUCUAGAUGAGAUUAUGCAGCUGGACAGCAGUCCCCUCCGUGCGGCUGACAUCACCCCUGACCUCAAGAAGCAGUUUGCCUUCCUGUCAGGUGACAUCUCUUCAUCUUUCUCCAUUUGUUUAGACUUUUAACAUUAACUCCUCUGCUUUGUUGUAAAGUGUUAUUUGAAAGGUUUCAAACUUGGGUCUUAUAUUUUACAUAAUUUGAGGUCUGAAUACUUACCGGUACAUCAUUCUGACUGAAUCCUUCAGAAUAUGCUGCCAGAGACCUUGCACCAUCAUGAAAUCCUUCGGGGCAACUGUUAAGUGCAUCUACUCAGGGUGCUUGUUUUUUAGUAGGAGGCUCAGGCAGGCACUUUUAGGCUUGUGACAGCAUCAUCCAGGUAUUUUUACAGGAGUAGACGAGAACAAGGUCAUUUGAGUUCAACCAGGAACAGAAGUCUUCUCCUGAAAUUACGUAAGGCGUAAAUAUUGCAGAAAGAUGACGUUGGAAAAGUGAGUCAGCUUCAGGAAGGGAAAUUUGCUGUCUUGGAGCACAGCUGGGGCAUAGCCUUCCAGUAACUUAAAAUAACAAUAUAAACCUGUAAGUCUCCAAAAGACAGUCCAGCACUGUAAGUUUAGAUGAUUGUGCAGUUGCCUGAAAUAAGUACACCGCAGCUAAGUAAGUUAUUUGCCUUCUAGACUCAAUCUCCAAAACCAGUUUAGACCUGGAUAAAAUUAAGAAAGUUGAAAUUGCCCUUUAGGUGUUAGUUGGGGUCUGAACACCUGUCCUCUGGGACAUCUCAUGACUCUAUAUUUUAAUGACUAUUCAUAAUUUGUACUGUAAACUUAACGGUUUCUUCUGUUAGUCAUGAUUUGCCAUUCAAAUAUCAGCCCCUCUUUCCUCUUCACUGUGUUUUCAUUGUCUUUAAGCGACCGUUUCACUGUCGUUAUCAUAUUAACUGCCACUCCAUGUGAGCGUUUUACCAAAACCUCCUCGUUUUAUCCCACAAACAUCUUUCUGACAUAUCUGAGGCAUUUUUCUCCAAGCUUCUCAUAUAUUUGCUGCACCUUUUAUAUUCUCACUAUAAUAGCAGUCUGCUUCUUUGUCUGGUGACCUUGUGGCUGGAGCCGAGUCUGGGAACCAUUUUGCGGACAAAGAUCCCAGCAGACGUUGAAACCAUGACCAUGCACUUGUUGUUGCCAUGGUAAUGAAGGGAGAAGAAAAGGCAGACAGAUUGAUAUUCCAGUCACAUGUGCUGACAGAGCAGCUGUUUCACACAGGGGGAGAGGAGUGUGUGUACUGUAUGUGUGUUUAAGGUGAGAUCCAAUGUGUUGGUGUCAACAAUAAUGCUGUGCAAACACACAAGAAGCCCUUUCAACUGUUAUUUCUGUUCGGAGGAGAGGAUACGAUUGCUUGCUGUAGAGCUCUUUAAUAUAUUUUUUCAACAAGCCUCUUUCCCUGAAAGAUGAGGUCAUUAAAACACCACAACAACAUUAGAGCACUGGUGGUUAUUCACAUUAGGCAUUUAGGAUUAUUUAUCUUUUCCUCUGCAGUCUUCUCUCUAGUUUAAGGUGGGCAGACUUCUGCGGUAAGAAAGCACAAAAACAAACAAAAAAACAAUAAAGAUAGAUAGCUCUCAUAUAUUUCCAGUCACCAAUCAGAAUAAAUAAUGAUCAUCUAGUGAUGGUUAUUCAGCCACCAAUGAUCAAAUUGUGAAGACAGCAGAUAAGUUAUAACUUUAAUGUGAAUUUUCAAAGUAAUUUAAAUAGGUGUUUUUAUUUUUGUUUGUUACUUAUUUGAUUACAAAUCAUGAAAAAUCUAGAUUACAAUGACCAAACAUUUGUUUGGAUUAUGUAGUUUAAAAGACGACUGGAGUUGUUGUUUUUUUACUUUAUUUUUUAACGUGGAUAUUUGAAUGUCAUCCUUUGAACAUGUAGUCUAAUAACUUUACUCAGUGAUGAUUCAGUCAUUGGUACGUUACAUUAGAAGGUGCAAUAAGUGGGAUGAGAUCAUGCUGUAAUGCUGUCUUUCAUGUACUAAACUCUCUCUGUUUAACAUUAAUCACACUUUUAUAUUUGAGAAACUUUAUUCCUUCAUGUUAUUGUUGAAACAGAGAGAUUUAUAAAGUCAUUUUUUGUUUUUUUUUAUUUAAUGGAGUCCUUGGAAACAUUUCAUCAUUUCCUGAAAUGUAACUGUUCUGUCUCACCGUUACACCAGCGCCCCCAUGUGGCCUCCGUUUUGCUGUGCUUAGCUCUGUCUCAUUCAAUCCCGUUUAUUUUUAACACUUUCUUUAAACAUGGAUGACAGACAUCUCCGAGGAGUUGCACUCAAAGCAUCCUUAUGUAAUCUCUCUAUUUUAGGCCUCGCUGCAAUCAUUUCAAUUCUUCUCUGUUGUCUAGGAGGCAGAGGGGAUAACGGCAGUCCCAUCAUCGUGUUCCCAGAGUUCCCAACAUUUGGGGAGAUCACAGACAGAGAGUUUCACAAUGUGCUGACGUACCUGACCAGUGUACCCAGGUAAAGACUCUUGAUGACACGUCCCACAUUUAUUUUAGACCUCUUAUGUUAAACAAAUCGCUUCAGCACCCCUUGUUUUUCCUCUCUCUUCCAAUCUCUAUCAAACUUUGUUUUCCCUUCCCUGACCCUGAAGAACAGCAUUUUUAUGAGCCUGUAUGGGUUUAUGGGUUAACGACAGAAGCAACAGUCAUUACUUUUCCAGACAUGAGGGAAACUGGCAGAGUUUCUGGUUUGAACAUGGCUGACUGAGGCUCUUUUGUGAGAUGUGAGAUGCACGUUCUCUGUAUCAACACAGAUGGAUCAGAGAACAGAUGAAAGUAAGACAAUUAAGAUGAUUUUUUUAAAAACUGUGCAUAAAGUCUGCCAGUAGGUGGCAGUGAAUACUUUUCUUGGCACAAAAAUUCAGGCUGCAGAGCAUUUAUUCAGUGGCUUAGACAGACAGUGUAUUGUACUCUGUCGUAUGGUAGAUCUGUGGUCAUGCUAUAAUUAAUUAGAUGACCAGUUAAUGAUGCAGGCCCUUAUCAGUCUUCUACAGACGGUCUUUGUAUGAACCAGCAGACUACAUUAAACAGUGCAGUAAGAAACUGUAUAAAAUCAUCCUUUUCUCCUGCUAUUCCCCAUAAAAACCCUUCUGAACAAAAUCAUCAGUACAUAUUUUUACCUAAAUAGAAAUUUUCGCUUACAUUUGUGUUUUGCUCUGUCUGUAUUUUGCUCUCCUCUUAUCUGUCUUUCUGUUAAUUCACCAUGUCUGGGCUGGUAUGAAAAUAUAAACCGCAGAGACUCUGACUGUGUGAAUAUGAAUAAUGCACACAAAGAGUGAGUGUGUGUCUGUGUGUGGACUCACAUGACCACACAGAUGUGUAAUAUCUGUGUUAUGACUUACAUGUGAUUGAAGACGUUGUGAUUGUUCCUUAAUACAGCAUAUUUUUUAAGUUUCUUACAUUGGAACUUAUUGAGUUUCAUGUUUUUUGCAGUGUAACUAAGAUGUGAUUUUAUUUCAAUGAAGAUUUAAAUGUGAAAAAGGAUUUUCUAUAAGCUCUACAACACUUUGAAUCCUGACCAACAUGUAUAUUUUUUACCCUAACCCGAGCUGAUCAAGUGCCUGUCGAAAUAGAUUUGAUCAUAGUCUAACAGCUAAAUGCAGUUACUAAAAUGAGGGUCAUCCACAGGAGGGAGGCGGCGUUGAGCCUCAAGCUGUUUUGAUCAAAGAGGCAGAUGGCUGGAGCUACCUGAGGGACUGACCCCUCCUUUAGCCUAACAGAGCACGCACAGUCCACAGCCAGGAGCAAAUGUCCAACAACUGUGUGUAUGAUGACCUUCAGCAGCUGCUGCCGGGGUGAAACACUCAGCUUUGGAUCGUUAUUAAUCACAGGAUCAUUUCAAAUCUGUUUUUUUUUUUCAGAGCAUAUAUGUGAAUGCUAUUUACCUGCUAACUCAUUCUGUAGACUUUUGUUGUUAAACCAAACCCUGUUAGCUGGGAUGUGAUCAGUUUUGAAUUUAUUCUACUCUCAUCACAUGAUUUCCUGGACUCUAAUUUUUGAAGGAAGGAUUUGCAUCAUAAACAGAUGCAGCAAAUGACCGUGUCCUCCGUCAGAGCGUGUUUCAGUCUUUUUACCUUCUUGUCCUGGCUUAUCUCUCCUCAGCUUUGAAAAUGAUGCAUGCUUGCUUUAAGCUAUGCUGAAAGGUUUAAUGGUAAAGCUUGAAACACAUCGUACACUGUCAGCCUCUUGAUCUGUUUUUAAUUUAAUAUCCUAGUGCCCUCGUGUUCAAGCAGGCCUUGCUUUAUUACUGCAGAAGAAAGGGAGAGUGUGUGUACGUGUGUGUCUGUGUGUGUGUGUGCGUGUGUGUGUGUGUUACAAUGUCUGCAUAUUCAUUCAUGCAGCAAAUUUCUCUCACCUCUGCAUUAUCAUUAGGCAGAGCUCCUCACAGCUUGGCUUUACACUUGCUCCUGGAUGUGAAAUCCAAUUAUUAUUAGGACACUCAUGCAUGUGCAGCAGGAACAACACUGUGUUGUUUUUGUGACAUGCUUACUUGAAACAGUGAGACAGUGUUUGUGACAGUGAAUGUAUCAUUACUUUACAGUUUCUUUACAUCCCUAUGAGAUGUUAAUGAUUACUGUCUUACCUCUUCAUUUGGUGAACAUUGGCAGCUAGGAUGCACAAUAUUGGGUUGUUGUCGUCAUGUGAUUCGUCUGUAUUUUCAAACUUGUGAGCAGCCUCUCUGACUGAAAAACAAAACUGUGAAUUUCUCAGGGACAACAGAAAGCUCUUGUCUCACUCUGCUGCUUUCCUCCUCCUCCUCCUCCUCCUCCUCCACCACUCAUAACCCUGCUGUAGCGAUGUUAAGCAGUUUGUACUUUAAGAGCCUCAUUUAGGGGAAGAAAGAAAAUGUUAAAAAAGGACAAGAGAGUCAGAGAACAGAAAAAGGUCAGAAAUCCACUGUGGAUGUAAAUGCAGGGUGCAGACAUGGAUAAACCUGUGCUUACAGUGGCCUCCACUUUUAGUCUGGACCCUCCCUCACAUCUCUAAAACGCCUCUUAAAGGCUACUGGAGCUGCUCAUCUCUCUGCAGACAGCCUCUGAUUGGCUCUUUUUAUCAAAAGCUUCUUGAAUUUCAUUGGAUGCCUAAAAGAUGCAGUUUAAGGGGGGGGCGGGCUGGAGGCUGUGAUGGUCUGAAAAAUUGGCUGUCUCCCAUUCUCACACACUGGGAUCUACCUCUGAGGCACGUCCUCACCUGCUCUGCUCUUAUUUCACCUUCAUUGUCCCAGGAAGUGCUCUUCUAGCAGAGUGAUGGACAUGGGCAGCUAAUAUUUGAGGAUUACUGGGAUUACAUGAAAGCUUCUGUUACAGGAAGAUGCUCAUGUGCGCUUUUACUACAGGUGCGUCAUGUUUGCUAACUACGCUAUGGAGCUGCUGCACAGGAGAUUGCUAUUGCUUGCUGGUGGUAUGUAAACCUCCUCUCUCCUGGGACAAGAGAGGACAGCAGGAGAGGAGGGGGGUGCAGGGAGAGAAAUCUGGCCAAGAAAUCCAGAGAUGCUCCUUUUAUGGACUGCAUCAGCUGUAGGAAAAGAUAAAGAGCAGCAUAACAAACAAAAAAGCAGUGAUUGGAAACAAGUCAGUGUUGUAGAUUCAGCUUUAAUGAACUUCAUGAACGUCUAAAGGUUGUCCCCCUUUUUUUGUCCUUUCAUUUUCUACAUGGUGUCUGGUUUUGCUGCAGUAUGUGGUCUUAAACAUCCUCUUAGGCUCGAACCAUGAGGCUGUGUAUAAUUGAACCACUAUUCUGUUUGUGCUGAACCUGUUUGUGUGUGUGUGUGUUCCAGUUUGUCUUCGACAGGCGUGGGUUUCAUCUUGGUUAUUGACCGCCGACAAGACCGAUGGGCUGCUGUCAAGGGGACCCUGCUUCGAAUUGCAGUAAGUUUGUCUUUAUUUGUGUAGCGUGCUCUUUUUGUUCUGUCCUCAUUGUCUGUGUUGUUCUCGGCUUUGGAGAGAGGUUCCUUUUUUCCCCUUCAGUGUUUCAUCAGUUUUCACACGUUCAUGUCUUUGCACCUCUGCAGAAGGAGAGAAAUAAGAGGUUUGUCAGAAGUGUGUUAGGGUCCCCUUCUCUCUCUUCCAGCUUAAAUCAACACAACCACCCAGGGAGGGGGGCUGUCGACAUGAGCCCCAUCUCUGAACUCUUUCCCAUCACAUCACAGCCUGCCAUGUGUUUCCAUGGCUACCAGGGAAAAUAAACAGACAUGUGCCAGAAAAAGACAGAAGAUUAGGUUUCCUUUGUUCCCUCACGUAUUCAAAUGUCUCUUAUCAUUUUAGCGACAUCUCAUUUUUGACUCAAGGUGAUUUAAAAAACCUGAAACUACUUAAAAAACAUUUGAAAAAUAAACAACUAGCGCUGCUCAUUUUUUAUGUUUGAACCAACAGCAAGCCAGCCUACUCAGUCUGAGUCAUAUUGUACCUUUUUGUGCUGUAAUCAGCUGCUGUAUGCUCCUGCAAGAAACAGGAAAGAGUUAUAUAAUCUGCCUACCUUUAGUUUGGCACAUUGUUUGUCAAUCCAUCACCUCUCUUUUGCCCUUUUAGUGCACUUUUACAGCAUCAAAAUAACUCAGGAUACUGCUGUUUUUGUUUGGGAUGAGAUGAUUCUUGUUUGUAUAAGAGAGCAUAUGCCUUUUAGUUAAUGUCUCAGUAUAUUGCUAUGUUUAAAGAGUUCAUCGAACAGAUUCACCAUCUUCAUUUGCUGCAACAUCCAGUUUUUAUCUCCUGCAAGAGAAAUACAGAAAUGUUUGUCAGAAGGGAGGAGAUGCACAAAUAUUAGAGUUUUCUUUACGGGUGGUAUGAAGAGGGUGUGUCAGUUUGGACAGCUGUGAAAGUAAUAACCAAUACUUCAUAAAGAGGGAUGUGCACGGUCCCUGUAUAAACAAUGAGAUUUCAGAAAGGCAGAAUGAGCGAUGUAUAUCACCAACCGGUGUCUCAGGAGACACAGGAGACCACUUCACUCAUUUCAAAUUAAAUCAAGCUUUAUUAAUCCCACAAGGGGAGACAUUUACGGGUGGACAGACUGGUAAUAGGAGGCAGUCAGUCAUCCAGGCAGUAAUGAUCUGUUUGGAGUGAUUUAGACAGGCUGCUAAACAGAUGCCGAUGAAAGCUGGCGUGCUUUUAAGCUGCUGCUGUGUGUUUGCUGCAGUGACCAGAUCAUAUGAGCCGACUGUGAAGUGAUACCGUCACUCAGCAAAGCAGUGUUUACAUGUUUGAGAGUGAGAGUAAAAGAGGUAACUGGAUGUUCACACUGUCAAACGGCUCCCUUUGUCUGUUUGUUUGUCUAUGCAUAUGAGUGCGCUUGUGUGUACAUAAGCCUGUGUGAAUGUGGGUCAGUGUGUUUCACAGGAAAGCUCUCCGUUGUCUUGCACGGCUGAGUUUGAUCUGAUGACAGAAAGUGUGUCUAUAGACUGCGGCUAAUUAAGUCUGCAGAGUUACUGUCAGUCCCUGAAGCAUACCCUCCUCUUUGUCACGUAUCUGCCUCUUCUUUGAGGCUUUAUCUGGGCUUGUGAGCGUGUGUGUGCGUGUGUGUGUGCGUCUAUGUGUGUGUGUGUGUGUCUACCAUUGACAGAGAACAAAGAACAAGUAGACCAUGACCAUGACUGCCAGAGACCAGGGAUCCAGGUUGCAUGGUUGAAUGGUUAGAAGCUGCAUUGAAAGGUUAACUCUGGAUAUAUUUUGUAAAUAUAAGCUCAUUGAAAUUCAAACCCAACAGUUUAUAAAUGUUAUUGUUCCUCCUUGAACCCUCUGUAUGCUUUACCCUGUCUGUAGCUGGUAGUUCUCUCUAAAGUUUUAUUAUCACUGAUGAUUUGGAGUUUUUCCCAUGAAAACACUAUUUCUAUCGAUAAUGCUUAAAAAAAACAGCAACAUUUAUUGGACUUGGAUCUGUAGUUCUUUGUAAACAUAAUUUAUAUAGUUAGACUAUAACAUAUUAGAUUAAUCCUGAAUUAAUAACACCUGAAAAUCUGUUCAAGGUAUUGAGAAACCGUAGAAACUCCUUCAAACAGCCUGAACUCCCGUUAUAAUUUAGGACUGCCCAAAAAAUGUUUUCUCUUGAUUUUAACCUGUUGUAACUUUUUGAUUCACGUAUGAUAUGAUGUUGUAUCAUAUUAUAUUGUAUCAUAUCUUCGUAUAGUAAUUCAUCAUAUCUUAUAAUAUUUAAAUAUAUAUUUAUAUCACACACCAUUUCUUUUCUAUUAUGCAUUGUAUGGUAUCAGUUUUGUUUGUAUUGUAUUGUAUCGGUUCAGUUCGUAUCCUUAGGCAACAUAUUGAAAAUUUUCUUUUCGUUUUCAUUUGCUUCAUCCUGUUCUUUUUUUUUUGUUUACAUUUAGGCAAUUCAUUUAGACAAAAAGAAAAAACGUACAGGAUAAACUCUUGAACAAACUUUUCUUUUAGUAAGCCAGUUUCUUAGUGUACAGCAUAUCAUAUGAGAUACUAACACCUAUAAAUUCUGUUGAAUUAAAAAAUCCCAUCACAUAUUUUUAAAGAUCAGUCCCACAACUGUUGGUAUUUUCUGCAGAUAGAAGACGACCGUGUUCAUGGCACUCCUCCUAGUUUAUUCACACAGCAAGGACAACCACCGAGUUGAUUUGAUAAUCCCAUUAACAGCUCCUUUCCCAAGUGGUUUCCAUUAAUGUAUUCGUCGUCAUUUCUGCUUACGCCGGCAUUCUUUAACUCACUGGGGAUGAGCGGCCAAUCAGGCGGAGCAGCCGUUUCGGUCAUUAGCUAAUUAAAGUUGCAUUAACAAUUGUACUGCCUGAGGAGAGGAGAUCAGUGUCCAAAUGCAACCAUCAUCCAAAUGCCUUCCCAGCAGUACUUAGCCUGUCAGGCGGAGUCCAUCAGGACGUUUUUAUUGGCUUUUUACGGGUCUGUCAGCUGAUGUGAAUGUAUGGCAGCUACUUAAGCAAGACGGCUUAUUUAUUUAUUUAUUUAUUUAACACAUUUCAACAAAGCAAUUCAAAGUACAUCCUAAAAGAUAAUAAAACUUAAGGGAAAGAAAUGACAAAUGAAAAGAUGGCGCCAAAUAUUAAGUAUAAUGUUGAACAUAAAAAAGCCUUUACAAAUAAAAAAAACAAUAGAUAAAAUAAAAACAGAAAUAACCGCAACUAAAAUAUUGGACAGUGUAACCUUGUAUGACUACAACCUGAAAAUCUGAGUGUCAAUAUUGAGGUUAUUGUUGAUUUUUCAAAGGCUUCUAGCUAAUAUUUGCUUUGUUUUGACAUCUUUUUAUUAUACUGUCUAUAUUUUCUUUUUAAGCUUUCCCUUGUGAACCAUUGCACCUAAACUAAAACAUCAGCAAUAUGUCGUAUCAACUUUUAUCCCUACCAAUUAGAUAUAGACCAUGCUGAAGCUAUCUGCCCACGCACCUGUGUGUUGGUGGUAUCUUUUGGUCCUCAUUAUUCAUGUAGAGGCGUCCCAGGACGUGAAGAUUAAUGUCCCUGCCACAGUCGGUGAUCCACAUCCCCCACACCUCGCCCAUCUCCUGGGCUCAUCACACUCCUUACACAACAAGCUUGAAUGUGUUUGAGCGAGAGUUUUCACAGAGAGCAUGGUACAACAGACAAAGAAAGAGGAGAACAUGUAGGCUGUCAGCAGAAAGAUGCUGUUUAUAAUUGGGACAGGGUGGAGGAGGCGUCUGUCUGCUCUGCUCUGUUGUGUAAGACUCACUCCACCUACUCUUUCUUUUCAGGGCUCCUUCCCAGGGAACCUCCAGCUGGUUCUGGUUCUGAGGCCCACCACCCUCCUGCAACGUGCGCUCUCUGACAUCCUCUUCAAGUUUAACAAAGAUGAGUUCAAGAUGAAGGUGCCGGUGAGUGUGAUCACAUUUAUCUCAGUUUACACUGUUACACUGUGUGCAGUUCAGCUGACUAAAGAAAGAAGUUGUUCCAGAGCAAGUUUGUCUUUUUUUUUCAGUAGCAAGUGUGUAAAGAUUUGGAUGUUUUUGUUCCAGGUGAUCAUGCUGAGCUCAGUAACUGAGCUGCACACCUACAUUGACCCCACUCAGCUGACCCAUGAACUCGGGGGAACUCAAGAGUACUGUCACGAGAAGUGGAUCUCACACCGCACUGUAUGUACACCAUUUACACAGCUUUAAGAAAAAACACAAUAUUUAGUACUGAUAACUGACUUGUUAUCAGCUUUUACUAUAACUAAGAAAUAAAAAGGAAUAAAGGAAAUGUUCAUGAGGGUGCCUGAUAACAGUCGUUGGUUUGUCUUGCAUGCAUCAGGCUAUUGAGGGCUUUGCAUUGAUGGUGAAGAAAACAGCGCAGACUCUGCAGUCCUUUGGGACUGAACUGGCUGAAACCGAGCUCCCCAAUGAAAUCCAGGCCACAACCGCCCUGUUGAGCGCGCACAAGAGCAAGAAAGACAAAAUGAAGGUAACGCAAUCAACAUUCAAAUAUAUAAAAUGUAUUGUAUCAAUGUUUACAGUAUAGGUAUAUAAAAUACAACUUGAUCCGUGUGUAGGAGGAUCUGCGGGUGGCCCUAGAUCAGGGCAGCAGGCUGCUGGAGAGCAUCAAUGAGCCUGUGGUCAGAGAUCCGGACCACAACAUGAACCAGGAUGAGCUGGAGAACCUGGCAACUGUGCAAAGGUAAAGACAAUCAUUACACAGAAGAAUAUUGCAGGAACAAACACGAUAAAUUUGAAGGUGCAUGUCUUAAAUCAUCAAAAUAUUUGGUUUAUUUUCCCUGUAACACAAAAAUUUAAAUUGAAGAUAUUUUGAAAAAGUAAAAACUUAAAGGCUUUUGUGAUGGUGUUUGUUGUAAGUAUGCAAACAUUUUGUAGCAUUACAUGACUUUUGUCAAAAACUCUCAUUGUUUUUCUUUUAAACCGUAUUCCAAAGCAAAUCAAGUUGUUUACAUGCAUCCAUGAUAAAAAGAUGAACGCCAAUAGACUUUCAUUUUUCAUAUUAUUGAUGUUGUGGGAUUUGUUUGUGGCUGGCCCCUCUCUGCCAUCAGUAUGGUUGAAAUAAUGAUGGACAUAGUGUUUAGCUUUGAGGUCAGUCAGUAUGAUGUUUUCAGUAACGCUGAAGGCACUUCCAUGCCACCAUACAUUAGUGUUACAUAAAAUACACACAUGCACUCUAAACACCUCAUCAACAUCCCCACAUGCGCCUAAAUCAGUUUCCCUGGAGUGCCUGUUUAUUAAUAAUACAUCUCUGUCUCUCUCUGUCAGGCUGCUGUCUCAGCUGGAUGAGACAGAAACGGCUUUUGAUGAGUUCUGGGUGAGACAUCAGACCAAACUGGAGCAGUGUCUCCAGCUGCGCCACUUUGAGCACAACUACAGAGAGGUGAGCCUGAGCCCGUCAGCCAAAAAAGUCAGCAUGAUCCCAUCUCAAGACUCGACAAACUGACUGUGAUGUUUCUGCUGCAGGUGAGGGCUCUGCUGGAUCAGGUGUCUGAGAAACUCAAGACCUUCUCUGAGGUGGGGAUCAGCCCAGCACAUGCUGACCACAUCUUUAGUGAACUCACCACCUACGAGGAGAAAGUGUGUGUAAGUAACACUCAGACUUUUACUGUUAAAGCCCUGUCUGUUACGGCUAUGAAUAAGUGAACUGUUUUAGUUUGUCAGUACUCAAUUAUCAUUUUCCCUGAAUAAAAACAUUGAUUCACAUAAGUAUCGCAAUUUUUUGUUUUACAAUUUUUAAGUUGAUUUUUUUGUGCAAAAAUCUUUUUUUUUUUUUUUUUUCAAAUUUAAGAAUGAAUCUUAAAAACUGACUUUCAUGUGAUGUGUAUUUUUUGGGGGAAUAUGGUUCCUGGAAUAGUCAGUUGACAAUCAUAAUCAUUCAACUGUUUCACUGGUGUUAGAGGUGCAGUCUAAUUCUAUUACAGUACACUUAUUACCAGGUAAUUAACAGGUAAUUACCUAGUAACAACAUGAAAUUAUCUGGUAAUGACAUGAUAACUACUAAGUCAAUACUGUCUAGUUUUUCUUUUUUCUAUGCAGCUCCAUUUUUAAAAGCUAUUUGGGGUUCUUAUUUUCUGUGAUUGACACUUGAUACAGCCUAUGGGCGUGCGAAGAUUGCAUAGCGAUACGCUGUUUGAGCCGAGCGUUAUCACAGCGACUCACCCGCCGAAUGCGUACAAUGCUACUGCGCAAGUGGUGGUUCCAGGAAGCUGAGAAAAUCGUGGAAAUACCCGAGCAAUUUGGCUUCAAAUUUGUAUGAUGAUGGAAGGUUACCUACCUGUUAGCUAGACAGUAUUGACUUAGUAGUUAUCAUGUUAUUACCAGAUAAUUUCAUGUUGUUACUAGGUAAUUACCUGUUAAUUACCUGGUAAUAAGUGUACCGUAAAAGAAAGCGUUCCCUCGGCAUCCAUAAAAUCAUAGAAGAGUCGAAUCAGGAGAAAAGCACAUCCUCCCAGCCCUACUUUUUGGUCUAAUUAUAUCAUCCCCACAUACAGCAUUUAAUGUUUUAAUCAGUUGAUAUAUUUUUGUAUAGACCCCAGCUAGAAUAGUUGUUCAGUUCGUCUUAGUUCCAAUUAGAAACCCGAAAUGAUUCUGAUGUAAUUUUGAAAGUAGACAGGUGAAGGAACCAGUGAAGGUAGUAACCCUCUGUUCAUACUGCUCUACAGGAGGUGCUGGAGAGAGCCGCGUCUUUAGCAAGUGAAGGUGAAGAACUGAUCCAGAACUCCCACUACGCUGAGGACUCCAUUCAGCCCAAAUGCAUCGAGCUCCGAGCAGUCAGCGAGACCGUCAGCAGCAGCCUGCAAGCCAAGAAGGAGCACCUCCUCAAAGCCAUGGAGCUGCAUCACCGCCUGGAGAGAGUAAGGAGGCAAUUUUUUAAAAAUAACAUAACAACAGUGACAAAAGAGGGGGGAGCGCACAUGUAAAUAUAUAAAUGUUACAAAAAAAAAGUUUGAGUCUUUGAGUCUUUGACUGAUUCUUCUUCCUCCUCUGUCCUCCACAGGCUUCAAAAUGGGUCGAUGAUGGUAUUUACCUGCUGGCAUCCCAGCCUGUAGACAAGUGUCAAUCACACGAGGGGGCUGAGUUAGCGCUGCAGGAGCUGGAGCGUUACCUGGACAACGCAGGCCAGAGCCAGCUGACUGAACUCAGUACCAUCUGGAGCGAAUAUGAGACGGUCAUCAAUCAGCAGUUCAGGGUAACAUCAAUCACAAAGCAAAUAUACAUGUUGCAUUUUUGAGUUUCCUCUUUUAUUGUUUCAUUAAUCCAAAAUUGGACCAGAUUUUCCCCAAAAAACAUGGAUUUGUGAGGAAGACGCUGUGCCUUGAGUUUUAACUUUUGCCUCUCAGAAGAGGAUGAACAAUUUGUAGACCACAGUCAUUAUUGUUCUGUCUCUUUAAUAGUUGAUAUAAUGACUAAUUCUCUAAACCUUGGCAAUAUCCACACUGGUCAAUCAGCUGUCAAAAAUAUCCAUUACAAAAUGAACACCAAAGUCACACAUUGUAAGGAGUAGAAGUUGCAAAAAUAGUUUACAGUUGCUUUCGGUCUUCAUCAGAUUUACACAUGUAUAUUAAUUUUAAACUGAUUUUCUACAGGAACAAGUCGAGAAGGUUUUCCAGAAGCAGACAUCCAUGCAGGAGAUGUUUGACAAGAGGAGGAUCAGCCUGAAGAAACUCGCAGCCAAACAGACCAGGCCGGUCCAGCCUGUAGCCCCCAGACCUGAAGCCUUCAUCAAAUCCCCUCUUAGCUCACCUGGUCAGUGUCCACACAUCACCUGGAACAGAGGUUUCAUAGUCUGUAUUAUAAGAACAAUACUGAUUAAACACUUAAAGUGAUAUUCCGGCAUAAAGUUUAGUAAUGACCACAUGAUAGCAAUACAGAGAGCCACACGCUCAACCAAAAAGCCACUCUAUACCCAUAAAUAAUAUUCAGAACAGCACCUAACUUCAUCUACUGUACAUAUAGGGUCCUAGCCACCAAACAUCUUUUUAACUUUGCCUUAUUUCUUUAGCAAAGAGACUACACACAACUCACCUACUCUCUACCAGCUUGCUUGUUUGUAGCGAGACCUUGGGUGAGUCCAUCACAGACUACAGCAGAGUUUCGCUGCUCAAGGAUGAACAUUUAUGAUCAUUUCUUCAUGGAAAUGCAAUCAGACCGAGACGCUAAGGCAGAAGAACUACCGCGUCUGCAGUGCAAAAUGAUUAAUAUGGUGAUGAUUACUUCAAGGAAAUGAUAAAGAAAUUAUCAUAAAUGUUCUUCCUUGAGCUGCGUCACCCCCACUGUAGUCCGUAAUGGACUGGCCUGAGGUCUAGCUACAAAACAGUGGCUGCUGGAAGAGAGUGGGUGAGUUGUGUUUAGUCUCUUUGCUAAAGAAAUUAGGCAAAGUUAAAAAGGUGUUUGGUGGCUAGUGCUGUGGCUGGGACCCUAUAUGUACUGUUGAUGAAGUUAGGUGCUGUUCUGAGCAUUAUUUGUGGCUAUAGAGUGGCGUUUUGGUUAAAGUUUGUUUAUGACUCCUCAGACCACUGUGUAUUGCUAUCCUGCGGUCGUUACUAAAGUUGAUAUAACUAGAGAAGCAAGCGGUCAGCAACAUUCAUCUCUCAAGGGGGUGUCUAACUCGGUGUUACGAUGUGUUUGACCCUAACUUAUUUUUACGCCGGAACAUCCCUUUAACCUUUAAACUAACAGAGCAUCGGUCCUGUAGGUGUGACUCUGUCCAUACUCCUGUGUUCAGUCUGACACUGUUGUCCAGUGCAGGUGCUUAAAUAGUCAUCAAGGUGCAGAUUUAUCACAGCCUUUCAAAUACUUAUUUUAAAUGAAUUUGGAAUAAUCGUAGUUAGAUGGCAAGAGUAUGCAGGAUUUUAAGACUAGGCCAACAGAGAUCAAGUCAGACUGAAAGUUAGUGAAAGCUGAAUGAUAGUCUGCUUUUUGAUGCUGAGAUUGUUUUAGCAUCCUUCUAUUCUGACUUUUUCCCCAUCCUUUCCUCAGCACACAGAGCUCAGCAGGAGAAAAACACCUCAGAGAUUGACUCCGGGAACAACUGUGAAAAAGUGAGUUGGAUUUUGUCAGCACUUUUUUUCGUUUCUACAUCUUCCCUGUCUGGUUUUUCUGUUCUUUCCAUGAUAACCUGAUAUUUUCUACUAUAUCCUCAGGGAAAUGGCCCUCUGCAGAACGGGGGGAGUAACAGCAGACAUGCCUCGCUGUCAGAAGAGGAGGAGAAUCUGGCUGUGCUCAGGAGGUGAGGGAUCAGCUGUGGACCUUUCAUGUGUAAUCAUAUUACACAGCAGAUGGACUGAGCGAAAACAGAGAUUCAAAGAGAUACACUGAACAUUUACCUUGUUUUAAAUAUGUGUCAGAUCUAUCAUUUGAUCUCUUUAUUCUUUCUUUGUCUGCAGACACGUAAUGAACGAGCUGCUAGAAACAGAGAGGGCUUACGUGGAGGAGCUGCUCUGUGUAUUACAGGUGCAAAUCUAUUUCGAGAUAUUCUUCACUCCUCUCUGUCUUAACCAUGUGCCUAAAAUUUCCUCUCCGCUUUUGCUUUUGUUUAAAGGGUUAUGCCUCUGAGAUGGAUAAUCCUGCAAUGGUUCACCUCAUCCCUGCUCCUCUGCAGAACAAAAAGGAGGUGCUGUUUGGAAACAUGCCAGAAAUCUACCACUUCCACAAGAGGUAGAGGAGCGCCAUCUGCCUUUCACUCAUGAUACCACUGUGCACAGACUGAGGAGCUGUUAUUCAUCAAACUACCUUAUAUUAAAGUCAAUUAUCUUUUCUCUACCUUCCCUCAUGCUUCAUAGUCUUUGACAUUCAUGUGAUCCUCGUGUUUUUAGGACUUUUCUGAGGGAGCUGGAGCAGUACACGGACUGCCCUGAGCUAGUUGGAAGGUGUUUCCUUGAGAGGGUGAGUGAUCUGUAAGAUUUUUCAAGUUGAGGCGUCGGUAGAUAGAAAGAGGGUCUUUGUUUCAUUAAAAAUCAGUUUCCUCUGCCUCCCUUUAGAUGACAGACUUGCAAAUCUACGAGAAGUACUGUCACAACAAGCCUCGCUCUGAAAGCCUCUGGAGGCAGUGCUCAGACUGCGCCUUCUUCCAGGUAAACACAGACAUUACCCGCAAGCUUUUAAGUCAACACUUUUUGACUGUGUUUUUGUCUUACUCUGUGCUUCCCCUUGUGUCUCUCUCUUUUGAUGUUUAUCAGGAGUGUCAGAAAAAGCUGGAGCAUAAGCUGGGCUUAGAUUCCUAUCUGCUAAAGCCUGUUCAGAGGAUUACCAAAUAUCAGCUGCUACUGAAGGUAUUAUAUUACUGACUAAUCUUUGUAUGACGACUUGUCUUCUUCAGCCAAUUACCAUAUUUGCACCGCCUCUAUUUCCCCAUUUUGCAUCAUGCGCAGGGUGGGAAGCUGAAAGUGUGUUACAGUGUUGUGCAACCUUGUUUUUCUGCUGUUCGUCGUAAUUAAUUUCAAGCACCAACUAAAUUGAUCGUCAGAAAUCCUAAAACAGGAAACACAGCAGCAACAGGUCAUAACGUUUUAGUUCAGAGAGAAAAGGAUUUAACUUGCUUUAACCUGCAUGUUUAUUUACAACAGGAAAUGCUGAAGUACAGUAAAAGCUGUGAGGGGGCCGAUGACCUGCAGGAGGCUCUCACCUCCAUCCUCGGUAUCCUCAAGGCUGUUAAUGAUUCCAUGCACCUCAUCGCCAUCACAGGAUACGAGGUGAGACUUUAAACAGGAUGCGAGUACCCACAAAAGAAAUAUGCUUUAUAAAGGGCCUCUGAUGUGAUCAUAGACAGGAUAUACGAGAGGAGAAAGGGUUUUAAUUUCUGUAAAGAUGAACACUUGUAUUACGAGCUGCUGUUUCCAUAAAUAGAAUCCAGAUGCUGUGGAUAAACACAGCGCCGACAGAAAACAGAUACAUUAAAUUGAGCAGAUAUUAAGUUAUAUAUAAAUCAAUUUGUGGCGUAGUGGUUUUUCAGUUCUGCUCUUUUCUCCCUCAGGGGAAUCUAAGUGAGCUGGGAAAGCUGCUAAUGCAGGGUUCAUUCAGCGUGUGGACAGAGCACAAGAAAGGUCACGCCAAAGUGAAGGAUCUAGCCCGUUUCAAGCCCAUGCAGAGACACAUCUUCCUCCAUGAGAAAGCCCUGCUCUUCUGCAAGAGGAGGGAGGAGAACGGGGAGGGCUACGAGAAAGCUCCCUCAUACAGCUUCAAGCAGUCUCUGAGCGUGAGCAUCUUUACAUGCUUUACUUUUGUGUGUUACUGACUUUAACUUUAAGGUUUGACACUAAAACUUUGUUUUUGACAGAUGAGUGCUGUCGGCAUCACUGAGAAUGCAAAGGGAGACAACAAGAAGUUUGAAAUCUGGUGCAACUCCAGAGAAGAGGUCUACAUCGUUCAGGUAUGUUCUGCCUGAAACUGAAUGUCUUGUUGAUAAGAUAUGGUAAGGGAAGGUAGACUUUAUUGAUCCUGCAUGUGGGAAACUAUUUCACCACCAGGACAAGAAGACUCAUAUAGACAACAAACAGCAUGGAGACAUCAGACAAACAUAGACUAACACCAGAUACACAACAAACACAGUAAAGGCCGAUGAAACAUGAUUUAAAAGUGGUACAAUAAAAGAUAAGGACAUGAUUAGAUACAACAAAAGCCUGAUAAAAAUGAAUAAAUACUAAAAUCAAUACCGCUACAAACUAUGCAGCAGUGCCAAUUCAGAUGCUAACAUACACUGGUAAAAAAUCUCACUGCUGCUGGAACAAAAGACUUUCUCAGUCACCAAGGCAUCACAAGUCGCUUACUGAAAGAGCUUUCAAGACCUUUGAAGAUAUAGUGCAAUGGAUGAUCUUUGUAGCCAAGGAUUAAUUUUAAUUUAGACCUGGUCCUCCUCUCAACGAUGGCCUCAAGAGACCCCGGGACUAAGCCAGUGGUUCUCAAGUCCAGUCCUCGAGGCCCACUGUCCUGCAUGUUUUGGAUGUUUCCCUGCUCCAACACACCUGAUUCAAAUGAUCAGCUCGUUAUCAAGCUCUGUAAUGGCUUGAUAACGAGCUGAUCAUUUGAAUCAGGUGUGUUGGAGCAGGAACACAUCCAAAACAUGCAGGACAGUGGGACUCGAGGACUGGACUUGAGAACCACUGGACUAAGCCAAUCUACAUUUUCCUCUUUAACAAACAGUGCUCACCUUUUGUUGGUAAUAACUUUACCCUGAGAAAAACAGAAAACAAGAAGUUAAAGAUUAUUGAGAGAGUAUCUGGUAUACCUUAAAUACUUUUUGAUAACAGAGUAAUAGAAUAAACCAACAGGGCCCACUGCAUGGAUGUUGAUCUGUCCAUCAGUGACACAGUUUUGUUCAGUUUACAAAGAUCCUUUUUACGGUUUUGUUUCAGGCCCCGACAGCAGAAGUGAAAACCACCUGGGUGAAUGAAAUCCGGAAGGUUCUGACAACUCAGCUGGAAGCGUGCAGAGGUACUGAGAGAGAAUGUGCAAAUGUUUCUAAAGAUUAUAUUUAUCACUUAUGUUUAGCGGUUUAUUAGGAGGGAAAGACCCGAUCCUUGUUUUUAAGUGGUUUUCCUGCCUCUCUGUCCUACAAUAGCCAGCCAGCAGAGGGCUCCAGACCAAGCGUUCCAGUUCCCUCCUGUGCCCAGUGGGACAGUCAGCCUCAGGUAGGACUGUGUUCCUUGCUCAGUUCAUUCACACUCUCUUUUUGUAUUAACAAUUAGAUACACAAUUUCUUAAUCUGCAGAUAGCGAGGAAUCAUUAUCCAGAGGCAUGUAAAGCCUCUAAAGUUCAACCUUUUGUUCCUUCACAGCCCCUUCAAGUCCGGUCAGAAGAGCUUUAAAAAGGGAGAGGAGAAGAAAGUUGAGCCCUUCAGCCCUGAUGCUAACUCCUCUUCUUCACCAAAGCCCACAGGAAAAGGUGAAGAUGAAAACACAAAUAGAACUAAUGAAACUCUUUUUGCAACUGUAGUGCAUGCUUUGCAUUGAGUGCACAAACUUUUGUGUAGCUGUGUUUACUUCCCAUGUCUUUUCCCUGAAUCACACCUCCCUGUCCCACCUGUACUCUGAACUUACCUCCUCCCCCCCUUCUUCUUGUUUUUCCCUUUUUCUUGCCUUUCCUCGGGGUCAGACGAGGCUGUGACAAGCCCUACCUCAGACAGAGCUGCUGUGGCUAAAAAGCGCUUUACUUUACAGGGCUUCAGUAACCUCAAAGCUCAGAAAGGUAACAGCGGGCUAUUGUCAGUUUUAAUGUUAUUUUUCAACCCAUCAUAUCAUCAUCUGCAUUUAUAAAAUGGAGUAAAUUCACAUAGAGUCAAGCCAAGUUCAUUUAAAGUAUGGACAUUUUCAAAGUAUACCUUUUACUUUCGCUAAGUGUUGUAUGAGCAGUUGCUGAUAUUUCCUUCAAAAACAAAUCUGUAUGUUUUACAGUCUGUACAGAUUAAAUCAGAUAUUUGAUUUGUGAGAAGCUAGUGAGCUUUUGUGGUUGGAUUUGGAUUACUUCUGAGUUAUUCCCCUGUUUUAAAUCUUAGUCUCACUGCGUGCUUUCAGUAGCUUCAUGUUCACCUACUAAAGGUGGUGUUCACCUUUACAUCCAGCAGAGGGCUUGUGGGAUUAUCUCAAAACAAAAAGAUGAUUGAAAUAUCUUACAGCCCAGUGGGUCAGAAGGUCAAAACCUGCAUGCUUUCUUCCACAGAGCCCACAGCUUCUGCUGGUUAAAGAUGUGCAUUACCCAUGAUGCUCCUCCUGUCAACCAGUAUCUCACACUUUUCCAGCUGUGUUUGUUUCUUUGUCAUUUCAGUCACAGUGGAAAAUUCCUGGUUUUCCAUUCAACCCCUAUCCUUUCCCAUCAUACCUUGCAUUUGGAGUGCUUGAAUUUGCUUAAUUUACCUUCAUUAACGCUCUUGCCUUUUCCUUUCUUGCUCAACACCAGGAUCUCCCACAAGCCCUGAUCACAAGACAAAACGCCAGAGUGACCCCACGCCAUUCGGCUUCAAAGGUACCUCAUCUUUUUCACAAAAUCCUGCAUACCCUCCCUGUGUCGGUUGUUAGUCCUUGAUGCCUGAGCACAGCCUCUCUCUCUGAUAACAGUGAGUUUCAUUGGCUGUAGAUGCUGCAGAGAGAGUGACCAGCUGUGUUUUUAUUGCCUCCUGUCCUUCAGAUCCAGGUCCUCCCUCUCUCCCCCUGAGCAGGGCCAGGUGGUUCAGCACCUCUAGUCUCUUACAGACAAAGUGGAGAGGUACACUGGCACACAGUAGGCUCAUGCUGGAUACAUGUCAGGCCUACUGUUUCACCUCUAUCUUAAGGAGUUUUUGCUUUGCAUUCCCACGUCUCCACACUCUUAACAGGCCUGGUGAAACCAUAGAAAUACGCACCAUUAUGGAGGAACUCUUGCUUGCCACUUGUCUUUUAUUUCAGUCAGAGCACUCAGAAUUUGGAGGUGCAUGUUUGUCUCUCACUGACCGUAUAUAAAGAUGGAUGACGUGGAUGACGCCCUCUGGUUGUACAGAAGUGAAGCCAAAAUUGCACAUGUACUGACAUCUUGUCCCUGUGAUAUAUGGAGUCACUGCAGUUGGGAUCAGCUUGUGGAGCCAUGGUACUGACAUCAUGGCCCUUUAGUGAACCAAAACUCAUGUAUUUACAAAUACAGGAAAGAUGGCAGCAGAACAGACACUGAGACUUGAGGCUAAAACAUACAGGAUACAUAUUUGGAGCGUGGCAGCGGCAUCACGUAUCACGCAGCAAAUAGGUUGCCAUUCUAAUUAAUGCAGCAUCACAAAAGGGAUGCAUAUCAGCUCCUUCGCAGCAUUGUAUCAGAAGCGUAUCGAGAGCAGCACUGCUAAAGUCUACUUUUUGUUGCUCUACACUUCCAAUUCGUGUCAAUUCACACAGAGAAGGUCGCUCGAGACAGGAUGUGAGGCACGAAAACCACGAACUCCUGACUGUGUAUCAGUUUGUGUAGAUGGGAAAUACUUAUGGUUAUGGAUUUUUCAGUAACAAAGAACAAUCCGAUGGUCAAUCCCAACAGGACUUUUAACCGCUAACUCUGUCUAAAGGUAACAGCACAGCAUAAAGCAACAUAGUUUACUUUAUCAAAUACGAGUAAACCUGUAAAAACCGAAACUGUAAUAUCACGUUGCUUUUUCAUAUAUAGUAGAGGCUCAACAGUCACUGAAUUAUAUAUAAUUAGCAGGAAAUAGACCACAGAAAGACAAAACAACCUGUUGGGAGCAUGUUGUUUCCUCUAUACUGAGCCCAGCUGAUCGGGGCUGCACUACGCUGCUGCUACGCUCCAAAUACAUGUCCUGUAUGCCAACCCAAGGCUGCUCUACGAAGCAAAUAUGGAAUGAUCCUGUAUGUUUACGGCUUUAUAGUGCCACCAGUCAGUAGGAAGAGCUACAGAGAUUUGGCUUCACUUUUCAGGAGCGGUCUUGUCAUCCAGCUUUUAUACAGACUACGCUGUCUUCCUUGUCUUUUUGAUAGUUACUCUGUCAUGCUGGGAUUCCUGGGACUAGUAGAUUUCUUUCUUCUCUGUUCAAAUGACCUUUUUGGGAUUCUUUGUCAUGCACUGACACCCUCAUACUCUCCCUCACAGCAGGUCACACUGAACUCGCAUGUUUGAUGGGAGUUGAAGCUGAAUGUUGGAGUAAUCAUAACACCCAUGUGUGUCUCUCUGACUCCCCCCCAGGCUGGAACAAAACCUCCCUGUCUCUGGAUGCCUCAGAGGAGCAUGACGGCUACUCCAGUGCUGAUGAUCCCCUUAACUCUGACCCAGAAGAUGAAAAUGGAAAGAAGUUGGUGAGUUACUGCUUUAAGAAAAGUGUUUUGAUAGUUUUCAACUGUUUUAGUCACCAUGUCAAGGUCAAAGCUGUAUUCAAAGUCAAAUCACUUGGAUCCAGUACAACACAGAGCACUUUCAUCAUAACAGUAUUCUCAUCAGUCUUCCUGCAACUGAUGUCAAACUUGCUCUUUUAUUCACAAUGUCCAACUCGAGUCCUGAAAAGUUGUUGUUUCAUGUCUGUUUUCUUCAAUUUGGUUGAUGUCUUUCACUUAGCUUCUUGUGUUUCAACAUGCCUCUCUAAUUUCUGUGCAGUUUUCCUCCUAUCCUAUGUAGAAGUUUUGUUUUUCCCAAAUAAAGUGAUAGUAAUAUUGAUAUCAAAAGUAUCCUACCUGAUGUUUGCCAAAGGUUUUGUCAAAUCUACUACAUUGUCAACAGAAGGAGGGGGAAUCAAUAACUGUUUGACCGUGCUGGACUCCUUGUCGUGGACUGAUUUGAUCCCUUCAUCCUCCAUCAUCUUUGUUAUUUUGAAACAAUUAUUGUUGGUGUUUUGACCAAUCAGAAGCCAGCAAUUAAGGAAAAUAUCAAAUGGACUCUCUAGAUUCUUAAAUGCAUCUUAUUCAUACAUUUGAAUCAACCUUCAAUAGUUGAAAAACUGUAUUUUUACCUGCAACAAUGAGACAUUUUAUAGAAUAAAUGACUGAUGAGUUCUGUUUGUUUUUUCUCAACUUUCAACAGUGUGCUGGCAAAUACACAGUCAUGGCAGACUAUGAGAAGGAUGGCGAUCCGGAUUUCUCAGUAAAGAGUGGGGACAUGGUGCAGCUUGUGAAGGAGGGGGAUGACCAACAGUGGUGAGAUGAUAUAAUCUCUGACAAAGCUCAUCAGAAUCAUACUUAAUACUAGAGAGGCUCUGAUUUUAUAUUAACUGUGUGUGUAUAUGUGUUCCUCUAGGUUUGUACGUAACCUAAGCACUUCAAAGGAGGGCUGGAUCGCAGCUGCUAAUCUUAUCACUAUUAUUGGAAAGUCAAAGUCUUGCCAGUCUCUCACCAGCUCAGGUAUGACAAAAACACUCCCUCUUGUUUUCUAGUGAUUGUGGGGGCACUCCUGGCACACUGUCUGGUUUUAAUGUUGAUAUGGGGACUUUUUCCAGACACAGAUUAUCUGGUGUUAGUGCCGAUGUAGGGACUUGUUCUAAUACACACUAUCUGGUUGAAGUGAAAAUGUCGGGACAUGCUUACUCGUCAGACACACAUUUGCUCGCUUAAAUGUUGAAAUGAGGACUCUCUCUCUAAUAUGCGCUUAUAUCUGAUCAAAUCUUCCAUGCAUGUGUGUUAAUAACAGAGGGCAGUGGCUCGGGAAACCUCAGCACAUCAUCCAGCUGCAGCGAGACGUACACCAGCUUCUCUGACAUCAAACCCUGAACUUCUCUGCACUUCCUACAUCACCAAACUGUCCAUUUGAAAGCUAGCAUAAUGUGACUACCUGUGCUCUAUUGCCAACGUUGGUUCUCAUAGGAUCUUUGCAAGGACCUCACAGAAGAGCUGUAUUAUUAUUUCUUUUUUUUAAGUUUUAAAAUUACGCACAUGCACCAGUUAUUAAAGUAAUAUGUCAAACAUAUGCUCACAAGAUACUGGAAGAUACUAGAUAGAAAAAUAUACAGCACAGUGAAUAACUUAACGGUGAGUUUUCUUUGGUCACACACUUGUAUGUAUAUUUUUUAUGGAAAACAGAGACUCCCUGUAAUUAUAUUGAAAUAGAUGUAUGAAUGGACCAGCAGGACUGAUCUCAGUUAAUGCAUCUAUUUGUGUUAACGUUAGAAUCAGAGGAAGUGUGGUGACCAUCCUUUUUUGUUUUUCUGCACUAUACCCAGGACUUUCUGAUUCCACUAUUAUUGUACUUUAAAAGGGACAUGAUAAAUACGCACAGCUUGGUUUGCUUGAAUGAAUGUUACCUGAGAGUCUUCAUCUUCUGUAUUCUUUUUUUUUCGUUUAUUUAUUUGUAUGAAACUUUUCAAUCUGCUUCUCGUCCUGUCUCUUGUUUUGUCAUUGUCUUUUUACUCCAUCGCUGUCUGGCAUUUGUCCAUCUGUCGUCAUCUUGGCGUUAGAAACCUCUCAGUCUGCAAGCUUUUGUCUUUUGAGCUGUCUGUAUGACUGUGGUUUUUUCAUGUAUGCUACAGUUUGAAAAUGUUUCUUCAUGUGAAUAAUCACUGUAUAGCUCUAACUUAUUCCCCACUGAGGGAUUAUGUUCUGAAUGUAGAUAUUGUUCAGUAAUAUCUGUCUGUCAUUAUUAAAUGUUUGUUAUCUGAGAUGCUAUAUUGUACAUUAAGUUUGGUGACGUCACUGAUUUGUGACUUGUCAAAUUUUUUUUACAUAAACAAAUUGUGAUAAAUCA